AUGGCUGUGUCGAUGGAGAGGGAAGUGCCGGUCCUGCGGGACAACCACUCUCUGUCACUCGUCCCGUGCGGACACAUCACUGCCAACAAUGUGUCCAAUUGGUGGCCACGAGUCAUGACAUGUGUCCGCGACUCACACUUCGUGGCCGUAGACCUCGAGUUGAGUGGUUUGGGACCCAGAGAUCGACUCAACGCCAAGCAAAUUGACGACCGAUACGAAGGCGUGGUCUCCGCCGCCAAAAGCCGAGCCGUUUUGUCCAUUGGUUUGGCUUUCUUUAACUUUUGUGAUAAUGAUGUGAACGAAACGACUAUUAAUACUAAUUCGGAGAUCAAUUGCGAUACGAAUAGUAGCGAAAGGACUAUAAAUUCAGACAAUUUGAAUGAGUGUUUGAGUGAUAGCGUGGAAAACGUGAAUAAAUUUGAAGCACUUCUCGACCCACAACUGAUGGCUAAAUUGGAGAACGAAUCCAAUGGUUGUGUAGAUAGUAGUGAUAAACAGUGGAAAAUCAGUGCUCAAGUGUUCAACGCUUUGUGUCUUUGCGAAGAAGAAUAUGUCUGCGAACCCGAAACCAUGCGAUUCCUCGCCGGACACGGUUUCGAUUUCAAUGGCCAGUGUCUGCACGGAUUGUCUUAUCACAGGGGAAAUGAUUUUCUCACGGAAUACGAAGACUUGACGACACCAUCGCUCAGGAAUUUGAUUGCGGAGAUAAUAAGACACAAAUUGCCAAUUGUUUUGCACAACGGAUUCAUUGAUUUGAUAUUUUUAUAUCAAAACUUUUAUUCUGAUUUACCGCAAGAUUUGCAGACAUUUAUAGCAGAUUUGGUUGAAUUAUUUCCCGCAGGAAUUUUCGACACUAAAUAUAUCGCCGACUUUCACGACAGGCUUAACAGAUCUUAUUUGGAAUAUUUGUUUUAUGAGAGACAACGCUUUAAUAUCGAGCGCUCAAUGAAAGGCCAGAUUAGCAUUGAUAUAACCUUUCCAUCACUUUCUCAUCACAUCUCAUCCGAUAUUGAAUUCAAGGACUUGUCGACCAAAAUCUUAUCAGAAUCUGAUCUAAUAGUAGACAUAUGCUAUGAUUACGCGAACCACGGCUGGUGUAAACUGAACCAUACCUGCAGUCGCUCUCAUAAUAUCGACCAUAUAUUGGAUCAGAAGAAGAAUAGAAGUAAACGAAUGAAAAAAUUGAUUAAAAAUAUGAAGAAGAAAAGCGAAGAACUAAGAAUUGAGAGCACAAGUGGUGGCGACAACUCGUCUAUUGAAUCGGUGAAUACCAAACAUUCAAAACAAGGCGUUCACAGAGCGGGUUAUGACGCCUUCAUGACUGGCUAUUGCUUUGCCUUUUAUAUCGCAAUCAACGCUAAAACACGACCGAAUCCAUCGAAACCAUUGUGUGUCAAAAGUCUAGGCAUUUCUCAUAUCGUGAACAACAUAUACUUAACCGGAAAAGACCAGUCCCUCAGAAUAAAUGCCAGUUCUUUCGCCAAGACUUCCGCUAACCAUAAGAAUAAAAUACAGAGAAUAAGAGCCGCUAAAUGAUUGAUUAAUUCUUGU